CGCGCCCACGAAAUUCAGAUUCGGAUUUACAACCUAGUUCGCGUGAACGGGCGUUGAUACCGUACUGAGAGCAGCCUUGGUAUCGGCUCCUCGGUGAAAAGAGGUCGAUGACUUGGCUGUCGGUCCUCCGCAUUCGCCGCGUCGUCCUUCUUGCGACGCUUUGAACCUUCGCCGUUUCGGACGUCGGGGUCACAGUCGUCCGCGUCGUCGUCCGAAAACAGCUGUCUAGCGACCCAACAUUUCGAGCGACGGUGACGGUUCGACCGUCGUCAGCGUGACAGUCAUGCUGCCGGUUAGAAGUGUCGCCACCGGGUUCAGGGUAGCGCUGCCUCGGCGGUCCGUCGCGGAAAUGUGCCGUCGCACAGCGAUUCCGACGACCGCGCGGCCGCGGCGUUUCUACUGCGAGCAGCAGCAGCCUCGCAACGGCGAAGGAUACGACGCUCGUCGAUACAAGCUCGCCAAGAGGCUCUUCUCGACGGCCCUGUUCGGGGGCACGCUGGCGGCCGCGCUGUACUUCAAGCGGCGGCGGCAGGCCGAGCACAGCGAGCUGUUUCGCGAGUGCGUCAUGCUGCCGCGAGACGACAAUUACGCGUCGAACAUGUACUUCUACAACUACCGCGGCUACGUGUUCCCGGGCAUUGUCAUCAGGUCGCUGCCCAGGGUUCAGGCGCUCAAGGCGAGGCCGGACGAUGUGUACGUCGUGUCGUUUCCUAAGACUGGUACGACGUGGGUGCAGGAGAUCGUUUACCUCAUUGUGACGGGGCUUGACUUUCGGUCCGCGUCAGAACGCAACAUGGAGCAGCGGUUUCCCUUCCUCGAGUACUUCUACCCCGGUGUUUCAACCAUCGAGAGUUCUCCAGACACCCGCAUGGUCAAGACGCACCUCCCUUACUCCCUGCUACCAGAGUCUAUACGCACCGAAAACCCAAAGAUUAUCUACAUUAUGCGGAACCCCAAGGAUGUGUGCGUGUCACUAUACCACUUCACAAGGCUCAUCAAGGAGACAGGAUAUGAGGGAAGCUUCAAGGAUUUCUUUGAAUCGUUCCUGAAGGGACAUGUGUCUUACGGACCCAUCUGGAAGCACUAUCUCGAAUGGUGGGAACACAGAAAUGAUCCCAAUGUGCUCGUCAUCUCGUAUGAAGAUCUCCACAAGGACGCCUGCAGCGUGAUCCAAAGGAUAGCCCUCUUCCUGGGCCGGCCUCUACGCGACGACGAGGUGUUGGCCAUCGCCGAGCACUGCAACUUCAGCCACAUGGUGCACAACCCGGCCGCCAACUACGAGCAUUGGCGCAAGCUUGGCUUUGUCAACCUUCAAGAAGGCGGCUUCAUGAGGAAAGGAAUCGUUGGCGACUGGAAGAACUACUUCACGCCAGAGAUGAACGCCAAAAUGGACGCCUGGCUAGAGGAAAAGUUCGGCAACACAGACCUGACCUUUGUCUACGAGCUUCCACCGGACGAGGAAGCUGAGAAGCGUGCUGUCUAGUCCCACUUAUAGUUUUUUAUGAAUUUCAAUUGUGAAAUUAUGUUAGAAUGUGACAGCUAACUUGUGAUUUUCACUGCAAGUCUGCAGCAACGUCUGCCAACACAGGUGUUUUGCUGGGACUGUUAGCACGCGUAGGUUUACAGGAAUUUUGAAGAAUUUAGGUGUUAAAGUUGAUACGUUUUGCAAACAGCCCAGCAGUGUAUUAUGUCAAGUUUUAGUUCCUGCGGUGCUGGAAACAACAUGCCUUUCCGAGAUGAUACAUUUAGCUGGUCUGCAUACAGUGAGGCUUGGGCUGAAGGCAGGAAGGCUCACAUUGUAGGUAAACGGCUUAAUGAGGGUUAACGUUACGCAUUGCAAAACACUGGCUGAACAUGCCAGCGGCUAUGGCUUGAGCGAUCUGCCCAUUGCAGGGAGACAGCAAAACAAAAACAAGGCUCCCGGAAAGGGAAGCAGAAGUAGUAGCUGACGAUGUCGGCCCAGCUACUGCGCAGGACACAUUACACCAUCUGCAGCAGCCCACAUGAACUGGGCCAAGCACAUCACCCACAUUCCACCCCUCUCUGGAUGACCAAGUCCCUUGGCCUAACUUGGCGCUCCACUUUUCCCAAGUUGAAUGACGGUUUCCAAAAGUGAGGUGCCAGUUCCUAGCUGUGCAUUUUAGUUUACUUGCGACAAUGAGGUAGGUGGUACCGUCAUCCUAUACGGCAAGCUGCUGUACACGGUGGAUGUCAUUCAGCCGGACAUUAACAUUUUGUGUUGGAGACUUGUCAAAGUCGGCAAUCGGUGACCACACAACUGGCAAUGUGGUAACUGUAGUGGAAUGGCGUGGCAGCUGUUGAAACAGAAGUGCCAUAGUCUUGAGCAUCGCGGGGUCAAGGGUAAAACCCGAGUUGCCGGCGGUACCCGAUUUACCCCCAUAUGAUCGCGUCGUUGCCUCACGACGUUGGUGAAUUUCGAUUUCGAGGCUCUGAAUGAGCUGUUCCUUUGAACCGGUGCUCUCUAACUCAUGUCGGGCCAGUUUGCGGAUAAGGUCAACUCCGAGCCAUGGCAUGGUGGUUAAGUCAAGCUCCUCCCAAAUAUUUCCUCGUAUGAUGCACUGCAAAGCGAGGCUGGGUAUGCAGGAGACUAGGCGAGCAAGCGCUAAGCCAUAGGCUAAGUGCGAGAUUUAAGUUAGUUCUGCCCUAGUUGUCAACAUUCUCAGCACUCUUGAAGUAACGGCCAUGCUUUUCUUCCGACGCGGAGUGAAGACAGAGGAGCGAUAAAUGAUGGGACUAUCUUCAUGCAUGGGCCUUCGGUGACGUUGGGGUGUGGGUACAUGGACGAAUGCAGUUGAAAAGCUGGACACAGACUGCCUGUUGUCUGUGUGUCCUCCCAGCCAAAGCAAACACUUGUCUGGUUUUCGAAAGAGGCAACUACGUCAUAAGUUCAUGAAAACAGCCUAGAUGGGCAGAAGCUAGCACAUUGUUGCCCAUAUUUAUAUUACGUGGAUAAUGGCUGCCUGUCUAAUUAGCCAGCCUUUAGCUCCACGACAAGAAAAGUAAUGCCUGGCUCACGAGCCAGAAUUCUACACCUGUGAUCUUUUGAAUUGGAAAAUCACUGGCUUGCCAGAGCCCUCUCUCUGCUGAAGCUUCAUUUUAACAGUCGUAAAUCAUUUUGUUUAACGAAUUCCUGUGCCUUUGUCAAUUGUAUUACGCCUGUUCGUCUUGCAUAGGGUCACACAUUCUAAGGAGUCACCGGUGAGGUUUGAUGUGCAGUGUCAAAUUUUAGCAUUGCAGUUAGGUAACAUGUCUUUUAUGUAAGGAAAAGUAUUGGGUGUUGGGCUGUACAGGCAUUGUGGGUGCAUAGGGUAUUUAUUAAAAUGAAUAAAAUUGCCAUACCACAAUUUA